CGCAAGUGUCUCCUCAUGUGGACUUCGUGUCGCCUUUCAAAUGCGCACGGCGGAAGAGGGGCUCGAACCUGCAACCUCCCACCUGCAUUGCACAUUAAACUUUUUUGACGGCGCGCAUUUUCCGCGGGUGUGUCCAAUCGAAUGAAGCCGUGAGCGGCUCACAAAUCCCGCACAGUUGCACUGAGUUGGUGCGGAAAUCUCGCCGCCUCUCAUGGGACUCGCUCAUUCGUCACGGUGUUUGCUGCUCCGGCGGAAGAUGGCGGAGGCGGACGGUUCCGAGCGGCACCAGGCCGUCACUUCCCAUUUCUCCCAGUCUCCCCAGCCGCCCCCUCUGUCCAAACCAGUGCCUAGCAACAACGCCCACCACGCGCACCGCGUCAGUGCCCUGUCCGCCUCGUCCACUCGCAGCAAAGGCGCCAAGCUGAUGAGUCCCGAGGAGAUGACAUCACGGGAUUACUACUUUGACUCCUACGCCCACUUUGGCAUCCAUGAGGAGAUGCUGAAGGACGAGGUGCGCACGCUCACCUACCGCAACGCCAUGUACCACAACAAGCACGUGUUCAAGGACAAGAUCGUGUUGGACGUCGGCAGCGGGACGGGGAUUUUGUCCAUGUUUGCCGCCAACGCCGGCGCCAAACACGUCUACGGGAUCGAAUGUUCCAGCAUAUCGGAAUAUUCCGAGAAGAUCAUCAAGUCCAACCACCUUCACAAUGUCAUCACCAUCUUCAAAGGCAAGGUGGAGGAGGUGGAGCUCCCUGUGGAGAAGGUGGACAUCAUCAUCUCCGAGUGGAUGGGCUACUGCCUCUUCUACGAGUCCAUGCUCAACACCGUCAUCUUCGCCAGGGACAAGUGGCUGAAACCCGGAGGUCUGAUGUUUCCUGACCGUGCUGCUCUUUAUGUGGUGGCCAUCGAGGACAGGCAGUACAAAGACUUCAAGAUCCACUGGUGGGAGAACGUGUACGGCUUUGAUAUGAGCUGCAUCCGCAAUGUGGCCAUCAAGGAGCCUUUGGUGGACGUGGUGGACCCCAAGCAGGUGCUCACCAACACCUGUCUGCUUAAGGAAGUGGACAUCUACACGGUGAAGCCAGACGACCUCGCCUUCACGUCGGCGUUCUGCCUGCAGAUCCAGCGUAACGACUACGUGCACGCGCUGGUCACCUACUUCACCAUCGAGUUCACCAAGUGUCACAAGAAGACGGGCUUCUCCACAGCUCCAGACGCUGCCAGCACGCACUGGAAACAGACGGUGUUCUACUUGGAGGACUACCUGACUGUGAAGAAGGGCGAGGAGAUAUUCGGCAGCAUCGCCAUCAGGCCCAACGAGAAGAAUGUGCGUGACCUGGAGUUCACCCUGGAGCUGGACUUUAAGGGACAGCUGUGUGAAGCCGCCAUCUCCCACGACUAUAAGAUGCGUUAAGGGUUGAGCGGGCCCACGAAACUCCCCUCUAAUACGCCGGACGACCCCCUUCCCCAAACCCCCCGCGGAGCUGACCUGCAGCUGACCUGCGGCGAGGGCGAGCAUCAUGCCGGACGCCAUCCGAUCCGGCCUAUACGUGAUGUCAUCAGUAUCAGCAAUAACACAAAGAACUCUUGGAUGAAUGUAACAUCCUAAAAAAAAAAACCUUCUCUUUCUCACUAAUUUAAUAUCUUGAUGCAGCUAACUGGACGUGGCCGAGGGUCUCCGCUUGUGAAGAUUGAUCAUGUCGUGUGUUUGUUUUUGCAUGAGAAGAAAAGCUUCUGCUUACUCGGAAAGUAACGAAAAGUCGAUGUUUAGUGCGCGAAUAAGCCUGAGGAAAACACGUGAAUAAAACAGUGGAGAGUAAAGCACCUUUUCCAGCAGGUUUUCAUUUCAACUACGUGACAAAUUCUUUUAUUCGUCCUGGCAUCAGUAUCAAAUAUGUGAUUACAUGAAAAAUUCAGCUGAUUCUAACGUAACCGUAAUAUUAAUAACAUGUUUUUAUAUAAAAACUACCUAUGGCGUGAUUCUGCAAUGUUUCAAAAGAAAACAAGGAAGUGAUAUCAUCUUACUGGACAAGAGCACUUCUCAUGUGAGAUGGAGGACUUCAGCAGCAAAAGAAUGAUAAAGAAUAAGAAAAAAAUAUUAGUGGGUGUCCCAAUGCAACUUAUUCACUUGCGAUGCGAUACUAUUAUUAACCUGAUAUGAUAUCAGCAGGAAUCAGACACUUUUAAUAGUUUUGAGCAGGGGUCCCCCAAACUUUUUGACUUGGGGGCCGCAUUGAGUUAAAACAAUUUGGCCGGGGGCUGGGCAUACAGGUAUAUGUAUAUAUAUCCGUAUAUGUGUAUAUAUAUAUGUGUAUAUAUAUCCAUCCAUCCAUCCAUCAUCUUCCGCUUAUCCGAGGUCGGGUCGCGGGGGCAACAGCCUAAGCAGGGAAACCCAGACUUCCCUCUCCCCAGCCACUUCGUCUAGCUCUUCCCGGGGGAUCCCGAGGCGUUCCCAGGCCAGCCGGGAGACAUAGUCUUCCCAACGUGUCCUGGGUCUUCCCCGUGGCCUCCUACCGGUUGGACGUGCCCUAAACACCUCCCUAGGGAGGCGUUCGGGUGGCAUCCUGACCAGAUGCCCGAACCACCUCAUCUGGCUCCUCUCGAUGUGGAGGAGCAGCGGCUUUACUUUGAGUUCCUCCCGGAUGGCAGAGCUUCUCACCCUAUCUCUAAGGGAGAGCCCCGCCACA